UUUAGAAGAGAUGUCUCGGUCGCUUUCAUGAUUGGCUCGAGGGUAUUGUACAAUAGAUCAAGAUGAACGGAUGAAGAAGAGAGUAGGGCCUCUAACAUUAGAGCUUGUUCAUAAUUUAACUGUGCGUUUAAUCAUAGAGAUAUUACUAUUUUGAACGACCUGUUAUUUUGCUGAUCGGAUGUACCGCAUGAAGACGCUACAGAAAGUUCAAAGUCCAAGACUUUUUAUGUUUAACGUUAUAAGACGACUAGUUAUCAAAGAUGUCACGAGAUUUGUACGCUGGAGUGCCGCAGCGUUCGCCGAGAAUGUCUCGCAGACAAGAGAUGGCGACCCUAGGACACGGGUUGUCUUCUAAAAGUUACACAUCAAUAUCACAGCCUCCUUCCGGACGAGGCAGUCCAGUUACACCACGGGUGCAUUCUUCGCCGUCACAGGUCCGUAAAAGUCGCCAGUACGGCGUAAGCAGAUCAAGCAAUAAUAGCCCUUUGAACCUACCCCAAGACAGUUACAUCCCCCAUUCUUUCAGUAGCGGCGGUUUUCACGCUAGCCAAGGUUACUAUAGUGACAACCCUGGUAGUCCCGUUAUGGACGUCCGAACUAGUAGUUCCGCCCCAAACUCAAGCCACCGAAGUGGUUCAACCACCCGGGACGCUUCACGAAAUUACCACUCGUUGGAGCGAGUUCAGGAAAGGGAAUUCGUCCCAAUCCGAGAGCCGCGAGAGAGAUCACUUGACCGCGGAGACACGAGUAGACAUCCCCGAAGUCGAGAACGCUCUCUUGAGCGUUCGGGGUACAGGGAUAGAGAAAUGGAGCGUGAUGCGUAUUAUCGUGAUCGUGAAACUGCCAUAGACGUGGACGGAUAUAGAGACAGUGGACACCACAUCCCACGAGCUACACAUAGCUCCUAUGCCUCAAACAGUGAGAGGCCUAGUUAUUCUAGGGAUAAUUUUAUUAUGGAAAUCCAAUCACGACUAAAUGAUUUACAGAGUCAUUACGAUAAUGUGAAACGAGAACUUGACGUUACCACUCAAAAACUCGGGUCCAGUAUGCACAGUAUUAAAACAUUUUGGAGUCCAGAACUGAAGAAAGAACGUGCGCUAAGAAAAGAAGAGGCGGCUAAGUACACUUUAAUUAAUGAUCAAUUAAAGAUUCUCAGAUCUGAAAACCAGGUAAGAUGAA